AAUCCAAAACUGAGUCUUGAGUGCAAAAUAAAUAUCUUUACUAAAACAUCAGGGUGCCCAAAAAAAAUCAUUGUUUUGUUUUCAACUUACGCACUAACAUUUCGGCCUCAGUGUAAAUCUUGGCACCACAGGAGGCUACUGAGGGGAGGACAGCUCAUAAUAAUGGCCGUAUAAUGAAGGCGAAUGGAAUAGCAUCAAACACAUGGAAACCAUCUGUUUGAUGUAUUUGAUACCAUUCCACUUAUUUCCGCUCCAGCCAUUACCACGAGCCCGUCCUCCCCAAUUAAGGUGCCACCAACCUUCUGUGGUCGGCACAAACACCUGGCUUCUAUUUCAAGGUUAAUUGCACAUGUCACAUGAUCAAGCAAGAAAACACAUCAGAAAACCGAUGAAUCAGUACCUAGUACAAUAGAAUGCAUGAUCUAGAUUAUAUACAAAAGCAGACAGAGAAAUAUAAUCAAUUAUUGCUUUUAAACAUACCAUGUGAACAUUUCCUCAGAAUGAUCCCAACCCUAAUUAGGAGACUUCUCAGUCAUCAUUCUGACGCUUGCACAUUGGUAAUUGUCAAUGAAAAAUAUCAAAGCUAAGGAUGGCUGGGCUUGGUUAAAAUCCUGGAUGGGAGACCAAAUGGAUAGUUGUAGGUAAAUCAACUCUCCAGUAGGAGGUGCUGUCCAGUUCUCUUUUUUUUCUGAUGGUGGAUAUAAUGUUGCAGAUCUGACAUUGUUUCAAAGGUACAAAUUCAACAUAGCCAAACCUUGUGUAAAAUAUGUUGAAAAUUGGUUACCAUGAUGACAUAAUUCUAUGUUGAAAUUUCACCCUUAAAAAACAGUUUACGUUGAUGACUUUUUACAAAUCCAAUGUAUUUUCCAUGUAGAUUCCACAUCACAAUAUGUUGACAAAUUACAUUGAAACAACGUUGAUUCAACCAGUUUGUGCCCAGUCGGAAGAGCGAACCAUGUUUUCUAUUGGCCUUUUAUGUAUAAAAAUAUAUGUGAACAUGUGUGAACAUAAUUUAUAUGUGAACAUAAUUUAGUCACUCACCAAGGUCCCUAUGCCCUUGUUUGUUCUAUUUGAGGGGAAUUGACAAUGGCCACACUCUAGUCAGUUGAGGUGAAGGCUAAAUGGCUAAUAUAAUGCCAUUAAAGACACCUUGGUGUGUUACAGUUGCUGCAGUAUAGGGCUCCAUUGAGAGAUGGGAUAAAAACACAUGACCUCAUCGGACUUAGAGCUCGAGCUCUGCAUGGGUAGUUCCCGCCUAUCCUGCAUGUAUGCACGUCCAUGCGGCUGCCCUCUUCUCGUGCACGGUCACAUGUUUACCCAGCCGCCUCUCCAACCACCAGUGUAGCAAGUGAUUUACCUGUCUAGCUGUUAUCAUCAGUAUGACCUUCUGGGAGAAAUGCCAGACGUGAUUUAUGGGCUACAUGCAGCCAAGUGUUGCACAUACAAUUAUUCUCCUUUUUGUGGCAGGCAGAGUUUAGCGUUGCUCAUCAAAAUUCAUUGAACCUGCAAGACCACUGUAGUGAAUGUUUUUCCUUACAGUGACAUUAUUAAAUGGUUACAUAAAUCACCAGCACUAAUUCCAUUGGUUUUCAUCACCAAAAUCAAGGCUUCUUUGUAUAGUGUGUACCCAUGAGAUGUGCCAGAACGGUGACGACUUUCAAGCAUAAUCUUACAUAAUGUGAUGAUGACAACGAGCAUCUUGAAGGUAUGACGAUGAGGCUCAUGAAAAAGAAGCAAUGCAGCUGGAAAAAACAUUUUCAACGCUUUGGCUAUGAAUUGUGAAUGUUUAUAACUACAAAUCCAUAUCACAAGGGGACAAACAGAAAAUUAACCCCCGGUUUUCUUUUCAAAUAUUAUUCAGACAGUACAGCAUUAGGACAUCAUCUACCAACCCAUAAUUUUUUCAUAUAGAAGGCUCACUUUUUAAUCCAUAAUAACAUAGCAUUCUCAGCCUGCUUGAGGCUACGAGCCAUACCCAUCCAGAUCCUGUGAAUCCACUGGCUGAAAUAGCGCUCUGAGGUGCCUGCUUUUAACCGUAAUGGGUUUUCUGAAAGCCCACAGAACACUUUGAGAUUCACUCUCUGUCUCUCUCGCUCUCUCUACCAUCUCAAAACCUCAAGCAUCAAGACACACUCCACUACUGUUUCAUUGUCAUACUCCUGGGACUGAUAGACUGAAGCCCAAACUGCCCAGGAUAUCAAGCCCAGUUCCAUAUGGUAUUCUUACAAGGUUAUUCACCUAUUCCUGACAUGCAUACGUGGCAGCCCAGACCAAUCUGUUCUCCCAAAAGAAGGUCCAGCCAGGCAUGAUGAGUUCCAGCCUGGUGCAGGCCAGUGUGGCCACCAUGCAGAACCCCAUGGGCUGCACUGUUCCCCGACUCUCUCCGUCAAGGCCCGCCAGCAUGGUGGCCAGCAUGGAGGCGGUGGGUGAGGACGGCUCGCCCCUGUUUACCGUCAUGAAGUGGAAGACUGUGGUGGCGGUGUUCGUGGUUGUGGUGGCCUAUCUGGUCGGGGGAGGUCUGGUGUUCCGGGCCCUGGAGCAGCCCUUCGAGAGCAACCAGAAGGUGACCAUCACUGCGGAGAAGGCAGCGUUCCUGCAGAAACACCCCUGUGUCUCACCGACGGAGCUGGAGGCGCUCAUCAAGCACUCUGUAGAUGCUGUGAAUGCUGGGGUCAGCCCGAUAGGAGACACAUCCUAUAACUCCAGUCACUGGGACCUGGGCAGUGCCUUCUUCUUCGCCGGAACAGUCAUCACAACCAUAGGGUACGGUAACAUUGCCCCAAGCACGGAGGGCGGGAAGAUUUUCUGUAUCCUGUAUGCAAUAUUCGGCAUCCCUCUGUUUGGGUUUCUGCUAGCCGGUGUGGGGGACCAGCUAGGGACCAUUUUUGUGAAAAGCAUCGCGAAGGUGGAGAAAAUGUUCAGACGCAAACAGAACCAAAUCAGCCAGACAAAGAUCCGAGUGGCCUCCACGUUACUCUUCAUCCUGGCGGGCUGCAUCCUCUUCGUCACCAUCCCUGCAGUCGUCUUCAAACACAUAGAAGGCUGGACAGGACUGGAGGCCAUUUACUUUGUUGUCAUCACUCUGACAACUAUUGGAAUAGGAGACUAUGUGGCAGGAGGGGACCGGAGGGUGGAGUAUCGUAAUUGGUAUAGACCACUGGUGUGGUUCUGGAUCCUGGUGGGUUUGGCUUAUUUCGCUGCUGUGCUGAGUAUGAUCGGUGACUGGCUGAGGGUUCUGUCCAAGAAGACAAAAGAGGAGGUCGGUGAGAUCAAGGCCCACGCGGCUGAGUGGAAGGCCAACGUGCGCGCCGAGUUCCGGGAGACGCGGCGCCGCCUGAGCGUGGAGGUCAGCGACAAGCUCCAGCGGGCCGCCACCAUCCGUAGCAUGGAGCGCCGUCAGCUGGGCCUGGACCAGCGGGCCGUCUCCAUGGACAUGCUCUCCCCGGAACGCCGUGCCGUCUUCAACAGCCUGGACACCAACCCCUACAAGACCUCGUCCCAGGAGAGCAUUGAUACCAAGAUCAACAACCUGCGUCUAAGAGGGGCUGAGUGUGAUCCACACCGGUCUGACAAUGUGGCCGCCUCGGAGGACAACAUCUUUAAUCGCUUGGGCUCUGCCACCAAGCUGGCCAGGAGGAGCAAGAACCGCGAGCUGAAGAAAAACAUCCCAGAUGAACUACGAUGCAGGCCCUAUAGUACUCCGCCCAUGGAGAUAGGGGAGAGGAAGGAGGAAGAGGAGGAAGAUGAGGGAUUAGACAAAGAGUUCAACACCAGCCUGUCCGAUCUGCCGCUGUUCGUGGAAGUGUGCAAGCCCCAGAACGGUUUUACAGUACCAUUCAUACCACUACAGACCAAAGAUAAAGAAACUGAGGAGGAGACAUUUCAACUUGAAGAAAAGGAGCUGCAUAUCCAGAUGGAUCCUUAAGACUGUUGGCUGUUUGUCCUGAGAAUAUUAAGUUUUAAACAUCACUACCGUAUGUGCCUUACAUCUCUCACUCCUCUGUGCUUGAUAUUGGGGGAACAGUUGUCCCUGUGUGCUAUGUAAUGUUACUCAAUAUUCACUGUGCCGUAAUAACCUGAAGUUAAGACAUGGGCAUCAUCAGUUUCUACAAUCACCUGGUAAAAUAUUGAGAUUUGGGGUUCUUGUGGUACAGAACAACCAAAAUGAUGGUCAUGUUUAUUUUGAGGGAAGAGAAGAUGGCUGCUAAUCAGAAGAGUCAAUGAUAAAGUAAAUAAAAUGCAGUAGCAGACUGCUAUGAUGUCUCUUUGGAGGGUUGGACCUAUAUGCACAUAGUGGACUUUGAUAGUCCUAAACACUAUCUAAAGUCAUUUUAGGACCAAAGAACUGAGCUGCUGAGAGAAGAACAAACAUUGUGAAAGACUGGAGAGUAACUCAGAUUUGGUCUCAUUCCAUCACAAUACAUAAACUCUAUAAAAAAUAGAUUAAAAAAAAAAAGGAAUAAACACAGCCACGUUGUGUGUGCAUGUUA